CGACAAAGGAUCUUAUUUUUAAAGGAAAGAAGUACUAGCAAUGUCUUCUUGACCUUACAAGUCGAUAAUUGCCUGAUUAGAGGCCGUUGCCGAGAUCGCUGAACCCUGAAAAUUUGUCAGAAUGGCUUAGUGACUGUUGUUUCUUUCACGUUUGAGCUGAGUCGGUGCGUGGAUCUGACUUUUUUUUUUUUCUAUUUGGUUUUGUCAUAUUGUAAUCCAGAACUUACAUUUCUUUUCCUUUCGUUCCUUUUCGUCUGCCAUGCCCCUCGCACUUCCUUUUGUGUCUGGAGCCCAUCUUUCAAUUGAUGUACCAUGGCCAGUUGUACUUUUGAAAAGCCAAACCUCUGAUAUAUGUCAUGUCCUUGGAGGUGAAGUGCUGUUAAUGCUGCAUCGCCCUAUGGUGGCCACAUCCAUCUCCAUCAAGUUAGUAGGAAAGAGCUAUACUGUUUGGCCUGAAGGCAUUGGUGCGCGUGGAACCAAGCUCUAUCAUGAAAAGACGAUUCAUGAACAAAACAUAAUUUUGGCUACCGAAACCCUCAACUUGUCUUCUGGAAUGCACAAGUAUCCUUUCGAAUUUUUAAUGUCCAACAAAUUGGUCGAGACCAUCGAGGACGAGUUUGCCAAAGUCACAUAUUACCUCACCGCUUCCGUCGAACGUUCCGGAUUUGGGUCGAAGAUAAAAUCUCGUAAAGAUAUUUUGUUGCUUCGAACUGAAUGGAACGAUCAAGCAUUAACCAACAAUGCUCUUCGCGAUACAUCUGUCAACGUCGAACGUCAUCUUAAAUCAUGCGACGCUUAUAUACAACUAGAGAAAACCACCGCCUCCUCAGGCACUGACAUUGCUGUGGAUUUGACCUUAUCUCCACUGAUGAAAAAUAUUCAUUUGGAAUCUUUAUCCGCUGUUCUCAGCGAACGUCGAGUCUACCGACUUCCCGAAUUCCAUGCUCGCCGAAAUGAACUCACGGACCAGGACCUUAAUCUUAAACGCAUCAUCGAUAUAUCCGAGUUCGCUGAAACUGGCGAAGAGCAGACAGUGACUGAAAGUGAUUUGCGCCGAGCUUUGUCUUCUUACUAUGCUCAGGUGCCACUAUCGGGAUCGGCUUUCCAACGGCGCUUGAUCUUCACACUGCCCAACUGUAUUCGCACCAAUCAUUCUACCACCUUCUCUGAGAUAGACUUUAAGCACUGGCUCAAGCUCGAUAUCAUGAUUUCACGUCCCCCCACCGCUGGAGAAAUGGCAGCUGCUACUGAAGAAAAGCACAUCGUGUUUGAUCGAAUCCGCCUCGAUAUCCCAAUGACCAUUCUUGACUGCAGACUCAAGGAGGAUUUUGCCACACUUCCCACCUACCAGACAGCUAUCAUGGAUUACAAGUUAGACGAGGAUGAAAUGGAGAUCAAGGGCUUCCAAUGUCCUUGCGUCGUCGCUUUCCGCAAAACACAAAAGAAGUGCGCUCACCCACAACACAUACCAGGAAGCCAUCAUCUGCAGGACGAAUACCCUGCUUACUCCCCUCCACAUUAUGACCGUUUGGAAGGCAUCCGACGUUUUGAAAUGUUGCACAGCUCUCUCUCUCAAGGCAGCUUAUCGUCUGUCAGCUCGUAAAUAGUCCACGCAUUCACCCUUACCUUAGAUUAAUCUUAACUAUUGCAUUAUGAAUUACCCCCCACCCAUCAUUGUUACUGCAUGUAUCUAUAGACAUCUCCAUGACAUCAUAACCUACUCUAGAAAGGUUCAUCCCAUAUUUGGUACUUCCUUGUUGAAUGUAUUAAACAGAUAACCCACAAGCAUUGCUUCUAAACUGGUGUAUUUCUACUGUUCCACCUUUCCAGCGGUUUGAGACUUGCCAUGUCCGAAUCCGAACGCAGCAGCUGUGUCUUCUGGAUCCAGUCUAAAAAAAGAGUGUGUUAGAUAAAGUCUUUGCCAUGAGACAUUCAAAGGCGGGGUACUUUACUCUCU